GCUAUGAAUGCACCUACUCGACGUCAUUUCAGUUGAGUCUCAUGUUUACGUGGAAAAUAUGGCGGCGGACUACAACCAAGGGGAUAGCUUGUGAUUCCAAGCCAAGCCUUUAGGGAGACAGUCAGCUUUUCGCUACGAGACUUCGCUGUCGGCUGGAAUAUUUCUUAUGAAUGAAGCAGUUUUCUUCUUGUUUCAGCCACGGAGACAGCAGGAAUGGAGGACGAGGAGAGACAGAAGAAGCUAGAGGCCGGCAAAGCUAAGUUGGCUGAAUACCGUCAGAGAAAAGCUCAUGCGGACUCCCAGAAGAAACAGAAAAAGAAGAAGAAAAAGAAGCCGGUGGAGGAUUCUGAGGGAGACUCGACGGGAAGGGUCGAGGUGGAGCCGGAUCAGUCUGUGGGUGGAGAAAGAGAAAGGGAGGAGGUUGAGGGUGAAGGACUAGAUGAAUCACAUCAAGGAAGGGAAGAAACACCCACCACAGAGUUUACCUUCACCAAGACGCUGAAGAGCGGAGAGACGGUCAGGCACGACCAGACUUAUAAGAUAGAGCCUGAGAGUGAAAUAUCCACCACAGCAGAAGAUUAUUCCUCAGAGGUCAAUGGGUGCCAUGAUGAGAUGACAGAGAACCUAAUGAUGCCUUCAAAGGAUAUUAUCUGGGAGGAGGUGGACACCCUGCAGCAGCUCACAGAAGGCCAAAGGGUUCAAGAAAUGGAGGAUGCUCUUGCAGCUAAAACCCUGGCUCUGGAAGAGCUGAGUCAAGAGCUCGAAGAAAUCAGAUCUGCAUUUGGAGCCGAAGGUGUACAGCAGCUGCAGGACUUUGAAGCAGCUCUAAAGCAGCGAGAUGGAAUCAUCACCCAGCUCACAUCCAACCUUCAGCAGGCUCGUGAGGAGAAAGACGAGAUCAUGAAAGAGUUUUUAGCACUGACAGAGCAAAGCCAGAAACUUCAGAUCCAGUUCCAGCAGCUGCAGGCCGGAGAGGCGCUGAGGAACACCAGCCACAGCAGCACUGCAGCAGAUCUCCUGCAGGCAAGACAGCAGCUUGUUCAGUACCAGCAGCAGCUGGAGGAGAUGAGCGCAGAGGUCAGAGAGCACCAGGACAAGAGCAUCAAACAGCUGCAGAACAUCAGCCACCUCCAGCAGAAGCUGAGUGAGGUGGAAAUGUCAGGGAGAAGAUCAGAGGAGUCAUUUUCACAAAAGAUAAAUGAAAAGGAUAUGCUGAUUGCCGAACAAGAAAAGGUUAUUUGUCGUCAGCAGCAGUUGCAAAGAGAAGUGGAGGAAGAGUUUGCACAAACAUUGGAAGAUAAAAAUCAGUUAAUUUCAGAACAAAAUGCAAUAAUCAAAGAACAUGAGCAGUCAUUGACCCUCAUCAGACAGGAGCUCAUUCAAGCAGGAAGGACUAGAGAGGACAAAAUCAUGCAGCACCCUGAUGAAAAAGACCUAAUUAUUGCAGAAAAGGAUAGGGUCAUAUCUGAGCAAGAUUCCUCUCUUAUUCAGUUAAAAGAUGAGCUGGAAAACUCAGAAAAACAACUACAUGAGCUCCAGCUCCAAGUCUCAUUUAAGGAAUCUGAGCUUGAAAAAUGCCUGGAUGAGUUAGGAAGCACAAGAUCUGAAUUAAUAAGCUGUAGAAGUGAAAUGGAGAGUUACAAACUAGAAAUGGAGAAAGAACAGAAAGAGUUGGAAAGCUGUAAGAGUGAACUGGCUGCCUCCAGGCAUAAAGAGCGAAUGUCAUCCAAUGAAAUCAUGCAGCUCAUGGGCACAGUGGAAGAUCUACAAAAACGCUGCCACCAGGGGAGCAUUGCAGAUAGCGACUCCAUCCAAAGAAUGCAGGAAGAGACCGCAAGGAAGCUGGAACUUCUCAGGGCCGAGCUGGAUGAAAUGUAUGGCCAGCAGAUCGUUCAGAUGAAGCAGGAGCUCAAUCUGCAGCAUGCAGGGACAAUUCAGCUAAUGAUUCAGCAACAGCAGGCUGAGGUUGAACUUUUAAAAGCAAAUCAAUCUCAAAGUUCAAAUCUCAAUAAAGGAGAGGUUGAAACCCUAAAUGCAAGAAUUAGGGAACUGCAGGUGGCUUUAGAACACUCUGAAGUAACGCAUGAUGAAACUAGACAUGAGCUGAGUGCAGUUGUCCAGGAGAAGUCAAAGCUGCAGGCCCAGAUUGAGGAUCUUCUUCUGGAUCUAAGUACAGCAAGGCAAGAAGUGGAGCAGGUCUCCACCAAGCUUACCUCUCAGGAAACUUCCCAGAGUGACCUGCAGCGCCUCCAGGAGACCAUCCACACUCUGAGGAACGAGCUGUCCGCGGCUCAAGAAGCUGCACUGGAAGCGGAAACCAAACACGAAUCUGAGAUCACUAACUACAAGAUUAAGCUGGAAAUGCUUGAAAGAGAGAAAGACGCAGUCCUGGACCGGAUGGCGGAGUCACAGGAAGCGGAGCUGGAGCGUCUCCGGACGCAGCUUCUGUUCAGCCACGAGGAGGAGCUGACAAAUCUCAGAGAGGACCUGCAGAGAGAGAGCUUCCUGAAUACGGAGAACCUCCUCAACGAAGCAGCAAUCAGACACGAGAAAGCCUUGAAUGACCUGCGGGUUAGUUACGCUCAGCAGCUGGAGUUGUUACAGAAAGAGAAGACGAGUUACGCCACAGAAAGGGAGGAACUUUUGCAACAGAUUGAUAGGCUCCAAGAUGAUCUGAAGCUCACUCUGCAAAGCUCUAAAGCAGAUGAGCUGGUCCGACAGCUCCAGGAGCUUCAGGGUGAACUGGAGGUACUUAGAAAAGAUGCAGAGGAAGGAGUCAGAAUCCAAAAUCAAGUCCAGUCGUUACUAAAACAGACAGAGGUUCUGGAAAACCAGAAAAGCCAAAUCGAACAGACACUAAAGGAGCAUGAGCAGGAGAGGGAGACUUUGAUUAGGUCUAAUAACACUCUAAGAGAAGAAAUGGAGUCGAAACAUUUGAUAUUGUGUGAAAUCACAGCACAGAGCAAUCAGUUCCAGCAACAGGUUGCUGAGCUGCGUGAGGAGAUCGAGAAACAGAAGAGCACUUUCUCUUUUGCAGAGAAGAAUUUUGAAGUGAACUACCAGGAGCUUAAGGAGGAGUACACUAGUCUCGCAGAGGCAAAGACACAGCUUGAAGAGAGGACACUGAGGGAGACGCUCGAAUUUGAGGCAAAGAUUGCACGCCUUCAGUCGGAGAUCCGAGACCUCGAGGAGCGGAGCGAGGAUAUGAAAAUGGAGGAGACAAAAAUGGAAGAGGAAGCUGCUGGUGAUCUGAUGGAGAAGCUAAAUGUUACUCUGGAUGAGAAUAAGAGCCUUGCUGAUAGGCUCUCUAAAGUUACAGAGCAGUUGAUGGUUACAGAGACCAAAAUGAGGGAGUUGGAAGAAGAUCUGGUCAAAGCCAAGCAAGAACAUUCAAGGAUCAUCUCCAAAACUGAAAGCCUCACAAAGGAACUCGAAAAAGAGCAGCAAACUGAGAGUGAGCAGAAACAAUUGGUGCAGGAGGAAGAGCAAACUGUUGAGCCAGUUUCUUCUUCAGGGGAUCAUCACAAUCAGAUUCAGUCUCUACAGGAGGAGAUAAAAGCUCUACAAGCUCGCUUAUGUGCAGCUGAAGCAGAGAGAGACGGAGCUCUGCAGACUCCGGAGCUCCACAGGCUCUCGUCUCUGGCAGCAACACGGUCCUCAGGGGAGGGACCCAUUGAGGGACGAUCCUCCCCUCAGAAGCAGGCACCCUCAGGGUCAAGCAGGCGCAAAAGACGGCAGAGGUCAAAGCAGGAGCGCAAAGGCAGCUCCGCCGCUUCAGACGGUAGAGAGGAGCGACACAGGGAGGAGGAGGAGAGAGCUAAAAGUGCUGCAGAGGAGGAGAUGCUGCCUCAGACGCAGAGCCGAGUUAUGUCAUGUUCACCAGAGAGGGCCGGUAAGGAGGACUCCGCUGAUGGGUACCAGGGAGACGGAGCUAGAGACUACAGCAGCGAAGCGGUGAGCAGACAGGGGAUGGGCUGCCAUACAGAGCGUGUUAUGUGUCAGGGAGCAGAAGAGGAGGAAGAGACCUCUGAGCAUGAUGAGGGCAGGCUGCAGCUGGAAGCUCAACACAUCAGCCUUUCUCAGAUCCACGCCGCUCAGCUGGAGCUGCUACAGGAGGAGACAGAAGCCAGCAAGCACUCUCUGGAGCUGAAACUGCAGGACUUGAGAGACCAAAGCAGCCAGGGUGGUGGAAAAGUCUCCAAAUACAUGAUCGAGGCUGUGUCGGAGGAAUGCAGUGAAAUAAUUCUGGCGUUUCAGAGGAUUUUUGGCAAAGAGUUUUUGGAGAAUGUCAACACUGCAGGCCUGUCGCUUAUUUCAGAGGAAGGACCAGCAACUAGUGAAUCCGCCUCCGUUAUUCAGGAGGCCAGAGAGUUAUACAGCAGUCUUUGGCAGGUGAGGGAGAAAAUUAAGCGUGAGCAUGAUCGUCUUUCUCAGCUUCAAGCUCUACUGAGAUCUGAUGUGAACAAGAUGAAUGACCUGCAGAUGGCCUAUGAUGAGCUGAAGAUAAACAGUGAGAGGCAGCUCUCUGACCUGCAUGUACAGCUCGCCACAAUAAGCGGAGAUCUGGGGGAACAGGCAGGGGAAUCGGGCUCGACUUCAGUGGAGUUACAGAGGCUGAAGGCUGAGGCUCAGGUGAAGCAGCUCCAGCUGGAGGAGAGCCACCGACAGGAGAUGGAGCGCCUCAGGGCUCACUACCAGCAACAAGCGGCGGAGACAGAGGAGCGCUAUGCCACAGAGCUGUUUGUUUUGCAGCAACGAUUGCAGGAGUCUGCAGGAGCUCAGACUUACUACAGCUUGUCCAGUGCUCCAGAGUCCAGCUGGGAGGGGAUGGAGCAGGACAGAGAGGAUCUAAAGGAGCGGAGUGAGGAAGAUGUUUCAGAGCAAGGUGAAAUGUUGCAGCGCUCUGACAAGUUGUCUGGCAUGACAGCACAGCUGCAGACACUCAGGAAAGCUCUGCACCACAAGUACACCCAAGAGGUGGCUACUCUCAAAGAGCAACACAGCAGCGAGAUCAGACGACUGAGAGAAGAAAGUAAGCACUGGGAAGACAGAGGAGAGAGGAGGCUGGAUCUCAGCGUUGUAAACGGGGCUGGAAGCUCCACUGAGAGCCUUGGGGCAGCUGGACAGGUCCUAACGGAGGAGAAACUGUAUCAAGAGAGGAUGGAGGAGGAAGUUGCCAAGGCUAUAGUUCAGAUGUCUGUGCAGUUUGCACAGCAGACUGAGCUGGCUCGGAUCAAUAAAAGUGGCAGCCAAAAAAGCACCUCUAUGCAGACCCAGAUGGAUGAGGAGGAAGUCGAUGGGGAGCUGGAGGACCAGACACCAAGGGCUUCCCCGGCUGCGGACGUCUGGUUAGAGGAACCAGAGAGGGGAAAAUUGGAAAGGGAUUUGCAGGAGAGGAACGAGAUCAAAAAGCUAAAGGAGGAGCUUCAGAGAACUGAAUUGGAGCAGGCCUUAAAGAAGAAGGAUGAUGGUGAGGAGCAAGAUGUGGAAGGAGAGUCUUCUGAUAAAGAUGCUGAAAGAAACUUACUGAGUGAAGCCAACAGGAAGCUCAGCCAAGUGCUUGUAGACGUCCUGAAGACAACUGCUGCUGCUGAAGAAAGUUUAGGCCUCCACAUGCAAAGAUUACAUGCAGCUUCAUCUGCUCUGCAGCCCUCUGAGUUUACCUCUCAGACAGAAACAAGCCAGAGAGAUAGUGCAGAAAUGGGCCAGAUCAGGGAAAGUGGAGCCAACACCAUGUUCUGGUCUGGGAAGUUGGAGGCGGAAGAGGGUCUGGAGAUGCUUCUUGGGUCAGAAUCACAGUUUGGGAACGAUGAAUAUUUUCUGGGCAUCAGCAGACGACUUCAGACAGCCAUGGAGAACAUGCUGAUGACAAUCACAGACACAACUAACCAGCUGGAACAUGCCCGGAUGACCCAGACAGAGCUGAUGCGGGAGUCCUUCCGCCACAACCAGGAGAUCACAGAGCUGCUGCAGAAACAGGAGGAGCUGCAGGAGAGGGUGACGGAGGAGGCUCGAGCCCGGGAGCAGCUGGCUCUCGAACUGCACCGUGCCGAAGGUGUCAUAGAUGGCUACACGGGUGAACGAGCUGCUCUGGAGGAGCAGUUGCGUCAGAAAGAAGAGCUCCAGUUAAGCCUCGAGCAAGAGCUGCAGGUAACAAGUAGCCGGCUGCACGAGUUGGAGCAAGAACGGCUUGAAAUGCUGGAGGAGCGCGAGCUGCUGUCACGGCAACAGGACGCUAUGAAGGAAGAGGCGGGGCCGCGUGAGCUUCGCCUAGUUGAAGCUGCAAUGGUUGCAGCACCUGAAGCAGACCUAUUAGAGGAAACGGAGAAGCUGAUGAAAGAGAAAGUGGAGGUUCAGCGUCAAGCCGAGAAGGAGAACUCAGACCUCCUAAAGCAGGUGAAACAACUGGAGGAUGAGCUGGAGGAGCAGGUGAACAGAGUGAUUGAACUGGAGCAUGCUCAAAAGACACAGACCGGAGACCUCCAACAGCAGAUCCAGUCCCUGGAGAAACAGCUGGAGAAAAACAGGAAGUUUCUUGACGAGCAAGCUGUGGAUCGAGAACACGAGAGAGACUUUUUCCAGCAGGAGAUCCAGAAGCUUGAGCAGCAGCUGAAGAGCCCACAGAAGCUGCAGAUCGGUUCUGAGCAAAGAAACCGAGAGGUGGAUGGAGUUAUCCUGAAGGUGGAGCAGCUGAAUGCCCAGCUGAAGGAGAAGGCAGAUUGGUGCAGUGAGCUGCUGCUCGGCUCCGAGCAGCUGCGUCGUGAAUUGGGAGAGCGCGACGAAGAGAUUGAAAAGCUGGAGAGCCGCAUCCGCGAGCUGGAGCAGGCCCUGCUGGCCAGCGCUGAUUCCCUGGAAAAGGUUGAACAAAAGAAGCAGCAUGCAUCCAUCAGUGAGACGAGAAACUCCACCUUGGAGGCUCAGCUGCAGACAGAGAGAGAGGCUCUGGAAAGAAAAGAGAAGGAGAUAUGUAACCUGGAGGAGCAGCUGGAGCAGUUCAGAGAGGAGCUGGAGAAUAAGAGUGAGGAGGUGCAGCAGCUUCACAUGCAGCUAGAGAUCCAGAGGAAGGAGAUCAGCAGCCAGCAGCAAUUUGUAGAAACAAGGGACAGUAUGCUCCAGGUGAUGGAAGAGAAGGACAGGGAAAUAGCUCUUCUUAAUGCACAGAUCUCUAAGCUUCAACACAUGGAAACAGCCUCUGACAACAAGGAAAUUGAUGCAAGGGAAGAGCUGAUUAAAGACCUGGAGUCCCAGGUAGAGUGUCUGCGGAGUGAGCAAGAUCGCCUAAAGAAGGAUAAAGAGGAAGAGCAAGACCAGCUGAAUGCUGUUAUAGAAAAACUCCAACAGGACCUGGCUAACAUCGAGCAAAAACAGCCUGCAGAGGAGGAGGAGGAGGAUGCUAGAGGAGAGUUGGGGAGCAGCGCAUGCAGACCAACCAAAGAGAAGUAUGAUGAAAUGAAGCAAAUUGACGCAAGGGAAGAGCUGAUUAAAGAGCUGGAGUCCCAGGUAGAGUGUCUGCGCAGUGAGCAAGAUCGCCUAAAGAAGGAUAAAGAGGAAGAGCAAGACCAGCUGAAUGCUGUUAUAGAAAAACUCCAACAGGAACUGGCUAACAUCGAGCAAAAACAGCCUGCAGAGGAGGAGGAUGCUAGAGGAGAGUUGGGGAGCAGCACAUGGAGACCAACCAAAGAGGAGUAUGAUGAAAUGAAGCAAAAGAUGGAUGCGGCCACCAAAGAGGUGGAUGCCCUAAGAGCAGAGCAUGGUAAACUGCUGGACACCUACCUGCGCUUGAAACAAAGUGCUGCAGCUUUGGCUGAAACAGAAAAUACGGAGAGUGCAGAAAGCGAGCUUGAGGAAGCUCUGAGAGAAAAAACAGCAGGGGUUGUGGUGCUGCAGGCUGAAGUUCAGGCAUUAGAGCAGAGUGCUGCAUCCAGAAUGGAGGAGUUAGGACUCCGAAUCCAGGAGCUUGAAGACUUAGUUGUUGAAAAGGACUCUGAAAUAAAUCGCUGUCAGGCACUUGUGGAGCAAACGCAAAGCUUUGCUGAUGAUCUCCAAAAGAAGGUUUCUGCUCUGGAGGAGAGCGUGAGGGAGAAAGCGGCAGAAGCUGUGGUCAGUCAAGCCACAUUGGAGGCCUUUCAGCAGCAGCAGAGAUCUGAAGGAACGAGACAACAGCAAGAGAUGGAGAAACAGCCAGCACCCGCUGUCUAUGAGUUUGGGGACUUUGGAAUCCCAAAAAUGGAUUUAAGCAGUAUGGGACAUGCCCAACAGGCACCUAGAGGAAAGGUAGUUCAUCUGACUGAGAAGCUUCGGGACUUAGAGGUCGGACUGAGUGGAAUGCAGAAAGACCAGGAACUCCAGAAGCAGCUGCUUUCCAGCUCAGAGGAGGAGGUGCUGGAGUAUGAGAGGAGGCUGGCUGUGCUAAUGGAUCUCCUGAGUCAGAUGAAGGCCGGAUCCCACCAAAAAACAACCCCGACUGUGGAGGCAUCCUCUGCUGAGCAGCCAAGCGGGUCUGAGCUUCUUCAAAAGCUGCAGGAGGUCAGAGAGGAGGCCUCUGUCACCAAAGAGCAGCUGCAGAGCUUCCAGGAGCGCUGCAGCAGACUCCAGCAGGAGCUCCAAGAAAAAACUGUGACUGUGGAGAAUCUCCAGAACCAACUUCAAACUAAGUCAACGGAUGCUGAGGAGGAGACGGAGAUGUCUAAUCGACUAAUCGAGGCUCAGACUGAGGCAACUUCAGCCAAAGAGGAGCUGAGCAGCUGCAAGGAGCGUCUGGAUAAACUGCAGGAGCUGCUGCAGGAGCGGGAAAUGACCAUUGCUCACCUUAAAGGAGAACUUUUCCAAGUAAAAGCUACAGAGGACGGAGCUGACUUGAGCCAGCUCCUCCAGGAGCUCGAAGAGGCCAAAAGAGAGGCAGCUUCUGCCAAAGAAGAACUAAAUCUCUCCAGGGAGCAUCAGGAGAAACUUCAAGAGGAUGCCCAAGCCCGUGAGGUCUCACUGUCUGAACUCAGAGAGGAGUUAGAAGAGAUGAGAAGCAGUGUGGAUUCCACCAAAGAAGAGCUAACUAAAUAUCAGCAGCAAAAUGAGAAACUUCAAGAGGACAUUCAAGCUCGUGAGGUUUUGUUCUCUGAGCAAAGAAAGGAGCUGCAGGAGAUAAGCAGUAGUUUGGACGUUUCCAAAGAAGAACUAUCUAAAUAUCAGCUACGAAAUGAGGAAAUUUGUAAAGAAGUUCAAGCUCAGGAGGUUUCUCUAUCUAAACUCAAAGAGGAGCUGCAGGAGAUGAAAAGCAGUUUGGACGCCUCCAAAGAAGAACUAUCUAGAUAUCAGCAGCAUAAUGAGAAACUUCUUGAGGAAGCUAAAACUCAUGAAGUCUCGCAAUCUGGGGUCAGUGAGCAGCUCCAGGAGAUGAAAAACAGUUUGGACGCCUCCAAAGAAGAACUAUCUAGAUACCAGCAACGCAAUGAGGAACUUUGUAAAGAAGUUCAAGCUCAGGAAGUUUCUCUUUCUAAAGGAAACGAGGAGCUGCAGGAGAUGAGAAGGAGUUUGGACGCCUCCAAAGAAGAACUUGCGAAAUAUCAGCAGCAUAAUGAGAAACUUCUUGAGGAAGCUAAAACUCGUGAGGUCUCGCAAUCAGGGGUCAGUGAGCAGCUCCAGGAGAUGAAAAACAGUUUGGAUGCCUCCAAAGAAGAACUAUCUAGAUACCAGCAACGCAAUGAAGAACUUUGUAAAGAAGUUCAAGCUCAGGAGGUUUCUCUAUCUAAAGGAAAUGAGGAGCUGCAGGAGAUGAGAAGGAGUUUGGACGCCUCCAAAGAAGAACUUGCUAAAUAUCAGCAGCAUAAUGAGAAACUUCUUGAGGAAGCUAAAACUCGUGAAGUCUCGCAGUCUGAGGUCAGUGAGCAGCUCCAGGAGAUGAAAAGCAGUUUGGAUGCCUCUAAAGAAGAACUCAGAGGCUACAGGCAGCAAAAUGAGAAGCUCGUCGAGGAGCUUCGCAUCCGAGAGCUUUCUAUUUCCAGUCUAAAGAAGGAGCUGCAAGAGGCGCAGGCAGCUUUGCUGAAGACGUCAGAAUCUGUUACUCCAUCACCCUCACCUUCUCCCUCUCCAUCUCCUCAGCCUGCCUUCUCUGCCUCCUCAACAUCCACCGCACAGCCCAAAAGGAAAGGAGGUAAACAGCAAGCUGCAAAGGGAGGCGCUCCCAAAGAGAAGCAAUCACUCUCCAGGAAAAACUCCAGCCAGAAACCUCAGAGCCUUCAGUCGAACAGCAGCUCAGAUCACCAGCAUGAGGCUACCACAGAGUCCUUUACGCAGACCGAACCCUUCCAAAUGACGGAUCUCAGCCAGUCUGCCGCCAAGGAACAGAUGGAAGAAGUGAUCGGAGAAUUUGAAGAGAAGAUUGCCCAGAUGCAGGAGCUCCAUGCGGCAGAGAUCCUUGAUAUGGAAGCUCGGCACAUUUCUGAGAGCGAGAACCUUCGCAGAGACACUCAAGCUCUGGAAGACGAGUGUAAGGGUCUCAAAGCUGUUAUCGACAAACUCUACUCCACUGAGGUCCCUCCAUCAAGACAGGACCGUCCCGCAUCACAUAAAGACGGCUACACCAGUGACAGCAGCUCAGACUACAGCCAGAGGACAGGAUUAGAUCUCCCCAGCUUGCAGCAGGAGUUCAGGACAACUCCAGAGGGUGCAAGGAGAGAAGCUGAUGAUCCUCUGCCUGACCGGAUAAAGACGUUGCUCCGCGAGGUGCACCAGGAGGGAAUGCAGGUCCUGUCCCUAUCUGAGCUCCCCCUCUCUGAGGGAGAGCCAAGCAGCCAGUUCAACGUGGACGGCUGGGUGAAGGAGAGAGACGCCCUGCUGGCCACGGUUCAGUCUCUCAAAAUCCUCAUCAGCCAGAUGCAGACGCACAGCCAAUCACAGACGUCAGCUGUUGGUGCUGACUGGCGCGCAGAGCUGCUGGAUGCUGUCAGACAGGUGUUUGUGAGGGAGAGAAGCGUGCUGAAGAGCGCCCUCUACAGCCAGUUGGAUCUGUUAGACACCAGUGAUGCCAUCGUUCACCUCAAUCAACUGGAGCGCAGACUGGCUGAACAGGACGCCCACAACAGGGAGGCCAUGGGGUCGCUCCACACUGCAGAAAGGUCAAGUCUUAUCUCAGAGAUUCAGCAGCUUAGAGGUCAACUGGAGAUGCUUCAUCAAGGUGCAAAGCCCGGCCUGUCUUCUGCUGCUGAUCAAAACACAAAGGAGCAGAGGGGAGCAGCAGCUGAUGGAGCAGCAGAAGCAGACAGGCUGAUCUCAGAGGAGGUGAAAGCUGAACUUUCUCAGACAAAACUGGAGCUGGAGACGACACGAAAGGCCCAACACAAACACCUGCAAGAACUGGACACACUAAGGGCGGAGGUGUCCCAGAGAGCUGCAGAGGUAGACGCCUUGAAUGAUGAGUUGAUGGAGGAGAAGAGGAGAAGCAGAGAUCUUCAGUGGGCAGUGGAGAAAGAGAGGUGUCGAUCUGGAAGAGAUGAGGAGAGCAAACGAGAGGAACUAGAGGACCUGCAGCUGGCUCUAGACGAGCAGAAGGCUCAUGUAGACCAGCUGACUCAGACCCUGGAGCAGGAGCGCCAGGCCUCCUCUCAGCUCUCCCAGCAAGUGGAGGAGGAUCACCUCAGCCUUAGGAGACGCCUGCAGGAACUGGAGGUCCAGCUGGAGACCGAGAGAGCGAAAGCCCUGGAGAUGAGUUCUGCCUUGGGGAGAGAGAGGGAGCUGCGCACCAGCAUCUCCUCAGAUGGCGGUCGCUCCAGUGAAGUGGGCGCCCAUGAGGACAGGGGGGAGCCUGAGAGGGAGGGAAGUCUGCUUGAAAGACUGCAGAGGGAGCUGGAUGACAAACACACACAGGUGGUUAAUCUCCUCAGUCAGGUGGAGGUCCAGCAGCUGGAAGUGGUGCGAAAAGAAGAGGAGCUUACUCUGGCAAAUCAGAGGUCCAAACGAGACCAGGAUAAACUCCAGGAGGCUAAAGGCCAGCUGGAGCAGCUGACGGUACGAAUGUCGGAGGUCCAACAGCAGCUGGACAGAGCGCUGGAGAAGAGCAAGAGUCUGGAGAAGGAGAAGAAGCGACUGGAGGAGAGGCAGAACCAGUUAGGAACAAGGAAGGAGAAUGAGCCUCAGAGUCAGAGCGAGCCCAGCGAUAGAAUCAAAGACUGGGUUCUCCAGCAGAAGAGUGGAAGCGGCCAGUCAGCGAGCAGCACCUCAUCCCCUCAUAUGGAGGGUCGUGCUGUAGACCUCCCAGACGGACCGCACCAUGGGCCGUGGCGCACAGUCGACAGGAUUGUAGGGAAACUCCAUCUUGUUUCCUCAAAGAUCCGCAGCAUGGCCAGCAAAGCUACGGGCAGGUCGAUUGUGGAGUUCGACAGCGAGGAGCUUUCAUGGGUUCAGUCCAAUGUUGAUGAGGUCAUCAGCAUACUGCAGCAAUCCCCAGGUUUACCCUCCAUCCCAGAGAGUGUUUCCCUGCUGGCAGGAGGCUCGUCCAGCUCCUCCAACAACCUGACAGAGCGGCUGCUGAGGCAGAACGCCGAGCUGACUGGGUUCGUGAGCCGUCUGACAGAGGAGAAGAACGAGCUGAGGAACCACACGCUGCGCUUGGAGGAGGAGCUGCGCCGCUAUCGGCAGGCUGGAGUGGGAUCUGCAGACAAUCCCAGCAGGAGAGGUGUGUCAAAGGCAGAGACGCUUCUCUCUCAGGAGAGGGAAGCUUGGACUCGAGAGAAGCUCCGUCUGGAGAAAGCUUUACAUCUUUCUCAGUCCCAGGUGGCCCGUCUCAGGGGAGAAAUCAGGUCGGACACUCUGCGAGAGAUAUCCGGGCCUGAGUCUGAUAACUCUGCACUAAAGAGAAUGUACGGGAAGUACCUGAGGUCAGAAAGUUUUAGGAAGGCAUUGAUCUACCAGAAGAAGUAUCUACUGUUACUGCUCGGCGGGUUCCAGGAGUGUGAGGAAGCCACUCUGUCGCUGCUGUCCAGGAUGGGUGGCCAGCCGUCUCUUUCCAGCCUAGAGUCCUACAGCCAGCGCCGCCGGGGAUUAACUCGCUUCCGCUCAGCCGUACGAGUAUCCAUCGCACUCUCCAGAAUGCGUUUCCUUGUGAAGCGAUGGCACAAAGCCACCGGGGUGAGCUCCACGGUUUCCUGCAGCAUCAACAAGAACGGAACAGGGUCAGACGUGAGAGACUCGCCAUAUCUCCAGCCGGGUGGUCUGGACACGUACAGAGAGCGAGGAGGAGGAGUCUCCAGCAGCAGAGGAAGAAGUGGGAGAGAAUCUCCACGAUCAGGCUUCUCUGGCUCUCAGCACAGGUUUCACAUGGCAGCAGACCACGGAGCUCUCACCUGUUCACACCUGCAGAGCUAUGACCCAGACCGAGCACUUACCGACUACAUCUCCAGGCUGGAGGCUCUGCAGAGGAGGCUGGGCAGUGUGACAUCAGGUGCUUCUUCAUACACUCAAAUGCACUUUGGCUUAAGAAGAUAGACGCUGACACACGACUUUGGCUUGAAGAAACUCAGUUGCCUUUUCUUGUGCAGAGCGCUAUGCUGUUUCUUUUUUUUUUUAAAUCAUCCCGCUGUGGAUUGUCUCUCUCCACGUGGACCAAAACUCAUUUUUCUAUUGGCGUACGACGUGUUGUAUCCAGGCUUUGUGUCGCCGGCACUUGAAACACAGCGAUGUUUGUAAUUUAAUCUGCCUCUUUGUUGUGAAUGAUCUUCAAUCGUGUAUAUUUGUCUGAUGCUAAUUUAAAGACGUUUUGUGAUUAAUUUAUGUUUGUUGUUGCGUGGGUGGACAGUUGUGUUGAGAAUGUUUGACGGGUGAGGGGGAGUUUUUUUUUUUUUUUUUUUUGUUAAGGAGGCUGCUACUGGAUGUUCUUCACUACACUGUGUUUUGUUUAGACCGGGCAGACUAAAAGGAGACAUUUGUAGAGAACGUAUUUUUGUAAAGCGUAGGAGUUUUGAAUUUUUGGGGUAUUUUGUCUAAAACUGAAAUAAAGAGGACUACAUUAUAU